ACAGACCUGAAAGCUUUCACUCGCCCUGGAACACACACAAACACACAUCCUAUCUCUCCUGUCAACCCACAGGUUGGAGUGAGUCUUUUGAAGACACACUAUAACCACAAACCCUGAAGGAAGAAGUUGGAGACAGGAUUUGCCUGGAUUUUUAAAGUCAGCAAUUGACUUUGGAUUUAGUUUUGGAUACCAGUUUUAUUUGAUCACACUUUACAUAACAUGUAUUAUUGUAUUAUAUUAUCUCAUUAGAUUUUGCGAAUAUUCUGUGGAGAUAUUAUAGUUACUCUACAUUUUAUGAUUAUAACAUUGUAAUGCCAAGUGACACAUUUUGUUCUGAGAUGUUGCAACUUUGUACACAGUGAUGUAAGUUCACUUAAAAGGGUAGAAAUACAGAAAUCCUGAUAUUCUUGUGGACUAUACAGCAGUGGCUAUUCAAAAUUAUGCAGGUUUCACGGAUCUGCGCUGCGCGUAAAAGCGAGUGGCUGAAAUGCGCUCUCGUCCACCACUUCAACCCUGAUCCUGGUGUGGAAAACGAGAUCGUGGUCUUGGCAACCGGUGUUGACCAGUAUCUCCAAGAGGUUUUCCAUCACCUGGCGUUUAAUAACGGCGAUGAUCUCGUCUCCGAUGAGGAUUUCAGGAUGUUGUGUUUGGUUUUGGGGAUCUCCAUAAGCGCAGAGACGGAAAAUGGCACAACGGAGCACAAGGACAUUUGUUUCGGACUUCCUCGCAUGCUUAACUUCAAAGAGUUCCAUGCACGACUUUGUGGAUUUUUCUCCAUCAAAGCCCAGGAAGGACAGGCGACUGGACGACUGCCGGUUAGUGAGGAGACCGAACUCAUCGAGCGUGAAAUCAGACUCCGGUGUCCCCGCGUCCGGAGGAGAAAGUGUGUGAGUUUUGACCUGUCUAAAGAUCAUCAGACCCGGAGGAGGUCAGUGAGGAGAUCUGGACAAACUCAGAAUCUGGAUUAUUUAAAGAGUUCGGUUUUAGAGUCCAUGAGAAACUCUGUGUUGGAUAUUAACCCUCAGAGGAGAUGGCAGGACCAGAUAGAGUUCGAGAACGGCAGUCUGAGAGAGCUGGUGGAGGACUUGCGUUCAGCUCUGCAGAGCAGCGAUGCACGGUGCAUUGCAUUGGAGGUGGCGUUACGCAGAAAACAUAUGCCACCACAACACAAUGCUGUAACCACACAAGAGAGACAAGACUACAGUGUUGUGGGCAAGGCAAAAACCAAACAACCCAAACAUGUGGCAUGGGACACCAGAAGGAGCACUAAAGACCUCCAACGAGAGCUGGAACUGAUUCGAUCAUCUCGUGAUGGACAACUUGAGGAAGCCAUGAGGUUCAACCAAAGGUUAGAGGAAGAGUUGAUGGCCGCCUUUGGAGAGCUCAACAGGAUGCAGGAGGUGGUGGGCAGUGUCAGAAGAGAAAAUGCUCGGAUCAAGAAGAGGGCAGAGGAGGCGAGAGGGGCCCUGUCCGCAGGGAUUGAGGGCGUUAGGGCCUUAGAAGACCAGGCCCAACAAGCUGACCUGCUUCGAGACAGAGUCCAGAAUCUGGAAGUCCAUCUGGAAAAGUUCAGGGCUCAGUGCACCUGCAGAGAGCUGAAUAUGAAAACAACAGAGAUACUUGUAGAGCCACGUGGGUCUGGAUUUCCUUCCCCCACUGGUCACGAUGACGCGAUUAUCAGAAGAGAAGAGGGCCUGCAGAGGUCAGUAGAGGGUCGGGCUGCUUCUGAUGAGGAAGAGGAGGAAAGAGGGGUGGAUGAAGGACAGUGCUGCCUCCUGGAGGUGAAACGGUUGAUCAACAGAUUGCACAGCUGUGCCAGAGGGUGUCAGAAAACUGCUAUCUGUCAGUGGCUCGUCUCUCAGACUUCAGCCCACAACAGAGAACUCCAAGGAUCUUCUGGAAUGAGAGAAACCAAAAGACAAGUGUGGAUUCCUCGAGCAGAUGAAAAGGCAAACAAACCUGUAAAGCAGAAAGAGGAGGACCAUUUAAGACCAGAAGUUCAGAUGGUGGAGACAGAGAAACGGCCUCUGCUGGAGGAGAGACUCACUGAUGCACUCACUUUACUACUGCAACUACAAGAUAAGAGAGUCUCUCGCAAAGUCUUGGGGAAAAUUCUAAUCAACACGCUAGAGCUGUGUACCAGAAAAGGCCACGAAAGCACCCCAGUUUUCAUGGUAGUGGACACACUGUGCCAGCAGCUCAUUUCCAGUCACCUCCUAGAUGGAGAGGAGGUCAGCAUAGGGGCGCGACCUCCUGUGACCCCAGGUCAACGAAAUACGUCCAACACCCACAUGAUGUCCUGCUGAGAGCAUCACAGAUGUCCCAUCACUGACAAAGGUCAUAACUUAAACUGUUCUUUGGGGCAGAGAACAUAAUUAGUCUAACACUAUGGUGUGUCUGCACUCAACAACUUAAGGAAAACAUUUCCAUGCAAUUUAAUCAAAUUUUUUCAUCAAAAACGAAUAUAUUUGAAUGAAUUUGAUCGUCAUUUUGUACAAACUUAAAUUCAUUUUGUCACAUAUACUAGACAUAGUCAUUAUUUUAAUUACAUUGAGGCAACUUUAUACCACUUCUGUUUUUUGUUAAAAAUGUGUUUUGUUGUAAGUGUAACAAGCUGUGAGCUUGUAGUCUCUGCAAUAGGGAACGAUAUCUUGCCGAUGAGUCUUAAUUCAAGCUUUCCAACCAGGCAUGCAGGGUCUUUAACAUCCAACGCACAAACCACAAUGACGGUGACACUCAACAAUCAUAUUUUUGGAAACAGAUGGAUUCACAUGACACAAAACCCAAAGGGACAGCAAACACAACACCACCAGUGCAAAUACUGCAAUAAAAAGCAAAUAUUAAGACAUUUUCAGUUUUUACUCAAACUUACACAAAAUAAUAUUUAAAGGUGCAAUAUGUAACAAUUUUCUUUUUUUUUUUGCCAAUGUUUGAACGGCUUGUAACGCAACUUAAAAUAUGAGUCCUUCCCAGACUUCCUAGGUUGCCUAUUAAAGCCUGUAGACUGAUUUUCAUGUGAAGGGAGCGGGUCGCUUUUGCCAGGAAAAUCCAAAGGAUGUGACUUAUGCGCGCUCCCGAGAGCCUUGCCUCAGACAGUAAUAGUUUCUCUUCUGCUAUUCAACAGCGACAACAAACUGCAACACUAGGUAACAUUAUCUUAGAGAUGGAAUCCAGCAAACGUCCAGCUCCCAGCACAACACCGACUCCUACACAAACUCAGAGUAAGCAAAAAAAACAAAACAAAAAAAAAAAACAUUUAUCUACUGAAUCCAGUCUAGCUAAGCAGAAACAUGAUCAUGGUCAAGUGAAAACUGGAAUGAACACCGACAGGGCAUUUGAUUCCUGGAGGGACCUUCAUUCAGUUUUGGGGAUCAAAACCGACCCUGAAUUGGCAUUCUUCUUAUUAGACAGGUAAGCUUGCAUAACUGCAAAGCAUGUGAAAUAUAGUGCCAUGAGGAUUGAUCUGUGUAAUUUUAGCUGACUUGAUCUUGACUGCUAAUGCUGAUGAAUUGCAAGCUACCUUGCUUCGUAACUUUCAAGUAAUUUCAACGAUCUUCUCUUUAUAUUAAAAGUCAGGUAUACGGGAUAAAUUUAAGCAAAUAUGCUGGUUUCUUAUUCGUAGUACAACAUAUGACAUACAAAACAUACAAUAGUGCAACAUAACUGAAGUGCAACAGUAAACUGUCUGGUAUAGUUCGGUAGUAUGUAGCUGUAUGUGUGUAGCAGUAUGCUAUGUUAGCUGAUAAGUAGUUUUCGUUUAGUCUCAAAGUCUGUAGUAAAACAAUCAUAACUGUGUAAUUUUAAUUAUGCUACCUCAUCUGUCAGCAUGAUGCUGGUGGAUCACGUUCAGUCUCUUUGUACAUUACGUCAUUGUUUUGGUCGAUGCUCGCUUGCGUCCGUAUGGAGUGUGUGCACGAGCGUGAGCAUGAGCAACAGGUAGCUGGCUGCAGUUCACUUAACGGCCACAAGUGUCAUUAAUAACAAGGGUUUCUGAAUCUUACAUACUGCACCUUUAAGUUGUCCAAACGCAAAUGGAUUAAGUGAACUUCCAUUUUACAAAUUUAAAUUUACUGCACACUAUGAAAUUAGGUUGUGACCAAAUUCAAGAAUUGUGUUUCAUUAGAUUUAAUUAAAUUCAACAAGAAACAAAUUAAUUUGAGUGUGUGUUUGUUUUUGUACAUACUGUAUAAGUCUGCAUCAGAUAUGAUGUGUUCUCAUGGCACUUAAUUUGUUUAAAUAUUUAUGUUAUUAUUUGAUAUAUUUGAUAAGCUAAAAGCAAUUCUAUUUUAUUUUAUACUUGUACAGCACAUUGGUCAACUACUGUUUUAAAUUGUGCUUUAUAAAUAGACUUGACAUUGACAAUUUUGUACAAAACUAAUAAAUAUAUAUUUAUUCCAAAAUGA